GUUCUUAGCCCUUGGUACACGAAGUGGGCCACUGUGGCCCCACUUCACAGCGGACCCUGGCUGCGUCCGGUGGAAGGACGCGCAGAUUCCACAGAGUUCCGGGAGAGUCCCGCGCUAUCUUUACGGGAUGUGCAGAUGGAGGCCGAAGGAGAUAAUGCUGUCCCAGCCCCCGGGGGCGUGGAGGACUUGGUGGACACGCAGUUCCCCAGAGAGGAGGCUGGAGACAGUGAAGGGGUUCACUCAAGCACGCUGGAUCCCGGAGAUGGGGACCCGGAGGACACAGGAUCCAAGGCCAAGGACCAGCCAUCCAGCCUCCUAUCACCUUUGCCUCAGGCUGAGGCUGCAUCAAGCACUUGUGAGCACUGGAAAACUGCAGCUUCCAACAGCAGUCCCCCUGGAGAACCUGAGAGUAGCUCUGAGGGUCAGGGAGAAGACCCCAGUGAAGGGGACUCCAACGAUGAGGACCCUAGUGAUGAGGACUGGCGCAGCCAACGGAAGCACGUGUUCGUGCUGAGUGAGGCAGGCAAGCCCAUUUACUCACGGUAUGGUAGCGUGGAGGCACUGUCAGCUACCAUGGGUGUGAUGACAGCCCUGGUGUCCUUUGUGCAGAGUGCAGGAGAUGCCAUCCGUGCCAUCUAUGCUGAGGACCACAAGCUGGUGUUCCUGCAGCAGGGUCCACUCCUGCUGGUGGCUGUGUCCCGGACUCCACAGUCUGCAGCACAGCUACGAGGUGAGCUGCUUGCAGUACACGCCCAAAUUGUGAGCACACUCACGCGUGCAAGCGUGGCCCGCAUCUUCGCACAUAAGCAGAACUACGACCUCCGUCGCCUGUUGGCUGGCUCAGAGCGCACACUGGACCGGCUCCUGGAUAGUGUGGAGCAAGACCCAGGUGCCCUGCUCCUGGGCGCUGUGCGCUGUGUGCCUCUGGCCCGUCCACUGCGGGAUGCCCUGGGCACACUGCUGAGGCGCUGUACAGCUCCAGGCCUGGCCUUAUCAGUGCUGGCUGUUGGCGGUCGACUGAUAACCGCAGCCCAGGAGAGGAAUGUGCUGGCGGAGUGCCGGCUGGACCCAGCUGAUCUACAGUUGCUGCUUGACUGGGUGGGUGCACCAGCCUUCGCGGCAGGUGAAGCAUGGGCACCUGUGUGCCUGCCUCGCUUUAACCCAGAUGGUUUCUUCUAUGCCUAUGUGGCCCGCCUGGAUUCCAUGCCUGUCUGCCUGCUGCUGCUUGGUACCAACCGUGAAGCCUUCCAUGCCAUGGCUGCGUGCCGGCGCUUAGUUGAAGAUGGGAUGCACAACCUUGGUGCCCUGCGUACUCUUGGAGAGGCUGCCAACUUCUCUAAUGGCCCAGCAGCCAAUGCCCCUGCCUACAGUGUGCAGGCUGUGGGAGCGCCUGGCCUCCGGCAUUUUCUCUAUAAGCCACUGGAUAUCCCUGAACAACACCGCCAGCUGCCACAGUUUACCAGUCCCGAGCUAGAGGCCCCAUACAGUAGAGAGGAGGAGCGACAGCGACUGUCCGACUUGUAUCACCGCCUGCAUGCUCGCCUCCACAGCACCUCCCGGCCCCUGCGCCUCAUUUACCAUGUGGCUGAGAAAGAGACCCUGCUGGCUUGGGUGACUUCCAAGUUUGAGCUCUAUACUUGCCUCAGCCCCCUGGUAACCAAGGCUGGUGCCAUCUUAGUAGUGACGAAGCUCUUGCGCUGGGUAAGGAAGGAAGAGGACCGGCUUUUCAUCCGUUACCCACCCAAAUACUCCACACCCCCAUCCACCUCAGCGGAACAGGCCCCCAACAAUGGCUUGUUCACAGGCCUCUGAACAACUGGUGGAUCGACCACAUUUGGCUUUACAUUCUGUGUCUACUCUGGAAAUGUGGGUAGAAGUCUGUGCAGAGCUGGUCCCCGUCUCCCUGGUCAGAUGGGCAAGAUGUCUGCCCACAAAUGGGAGAAGGGUGACAGCAGCCAGGGACACAGGUUUCUCUCUGAGCCCCUUCAUUCUCUUCCACGUCUAGGAAAGUGGGAAGCUUCCUCUGUCCCCUGCCUCACCUCCUCAAGCAGCCUGAAUGCCGCCACACCCUCUGUCACCAGCUGUCUCCGCCAAGCCUCUUCUAAGCAGCACAGGUUGCUACCAUGUCCUUAUUCCAAGUAGACCUGAGACUGGGCUGAGGCUGUCCUCAGGGCUGGGGUGGGAAACCCACAAGGGCUCUAGAAUUUGGAAUGCAGGGCUAGCCUGUUCUUGAAACCAGCCUAUGGAUGUUUAAAAAAAAAAUACACAAAAACUAUAUAGAAAGGGCCUAAAGCUGAAUCCCUUGAGGCAUUCUUCUGUCUUUCAUGCUCCCUCCCCUCCCCCAUAAUUUUUCCCUUUCCUUACUUUAAAACAAAGAACCCCCCAAAAGACCAAAGCCCCACCAUGUGGGGCUGUUUCUUACACGAAUAAGAGGGUGGCCUCCAGCGUCCACCUGUGUAAAACUUGCUACUUGACUACAUCCAUGAGCCGGGAUUCAGCUUUGUAAAGAUGCUCUUAGCCGCUAAAGCUUUCGCUUUCUUCUGUAACUUUUAGUGGAGAUCUGUAAACGGACAGGGGUUGGAAAUGUGUUGUGCUGAUGCCCAGCAUGAACAUAUUCUGGACAUUGGACGCUUGCAGUAACAACCUAAAGAAGAGCCCUUAAAGAGCUUGUGCUCACAGCCCACCUCAACUGCUCACUACCUGGCUUCCAGCCUUUUUUAAGAGACACGGUCCUGAGGUUGCGCGCAUGCGCGCAAACGUAAACUAGCAGUUGCAGUUUGCAGAUAUUCUGCGCUUGCUCCAAGUAGACACCUGUGACGCCCCACCCCCUGGUUUCCUACAAUAAGUGUAGUGGCACGCGCUGCCUUUCCCUGCUGUUGCUCUUCCGAGGCUCAUGCGCAGAUACCCCACGUUGGGAAAUGGCUGCGGAGCUGGAGCCUUUGAUGGCGGAGUGGGUGGAAGCUGAGAAAGCUGAAGACACUCGAG